CGUAUGAAAACAACGCAGCCAAUUUUUACAAGGGCUUUGUUUACGAUUCAAACACAUUUUGUAAUGUGUUACAUAUCUCAUAAACGUUUUAUGGGUGUUUCACGAUGCUAGCUUUUCAUAUUUUCCCUUUCGUUGUGUAGCUUUGUCGUAUUUGAGUUCAAGAUGGUGACCAAGAGGAUGCGCUCGGAGUACAUGAAGAAAUUCAAAGACCCCAAAUGGGAGAGCUACAGCAGGUGUUACGAGGAGAUGCUGCAGUACAGGCUGACCCGCAGGCUGCUGGAGCAAACGCACAACCCCUGGUUCUGGAGCGGAGGCCCCGACAGUGACUCAGACUCCGGGGCAAGAAGUCCUGCUCCUCCCGGGAAGAACCAGGUCGGAGACGCUCCGGAGGCUGCGGAGCUGGAGGAGUGUGACGGGGCGAGAGUGGACAGACAGCCCGGGCAGCAGAGCAGAGUCCCGGGGACUGUGCCCAGGCUGCCCCUUCUAGAGGAGUAUGAGUCUGCAGCACAACAAGACUCACAGCCUGAAUGUGUCAGAGAGACAGGAGCAUCAGAGGAGGAGAGAGAGCAGCAGACUCACAGGGAACAAAACGGAGGGGUCACUGGAGGAGCUCGACAACUGCAGAGUAAACCCAUCAAAUCCUCAAAGCAACCAUGGCGCUCCCAUCGUGUCAGACCAGCACCAACAAAGCAGCCCAAGGACGACAGUAAGGAGAGCAGACAUCCUUUCGCUCUGUACGCUUCAGGGGAGAAGGAUGCAGACAUGGCAAACAGGAAAACACACAAUGUUGGCCCUGCAGCUUCAACUACUGAGAUCCAUGAGUCGGCUCUGCGAGCCAAGACCAGGCGGAAGGUGGAGUGUCAGGUCCAGGCUCAGGGGACCGAGCGCCGGAGGGCCAAGUCUGCCAAUGUGGACAAGACCGUGAAGUCGGUUAAACCGGAAUUCAACCCCUGGCUCACAGAGUACAUGCGCUGCUUCUCUGCUCGCUCCCGAUAAGACACACACACACACACACACGCACACACACACACACACAACACACACACACACAC